CCGACAAGCUCGUCGUGUUGCAGGACUAAUCACUUAUUAACCAUCUGAAUGUUAGUCAGCUAAAUACUCGGGCCGCAGUUUCAACCGGCGUGUCUCCGUGUGUGUCUGCGUCUGCGUCACUGUCAUGCCUCUGUUGAUGGUCUCCCACCACAGGGGUCAGGAGGGGUCAGGGCAGGCGGAGAGAGGGGGCUGGGACGGGGCCUGUAAAUGGACGGAGGAGGUGAUGGAGGACGGGGAGGGAGAAGUCGCUGAGAGGAGCUGGAAUCUGGAGAGUUUAAGAGAAACACUAGCUGCUUAUCAGCCACAGGAGAUAUCUUGGUCACAGAUCCGGAGGAAACUGCCACACUGGAAUCUGAACUUUAGAGGCUGCUACAGUUUCGCUCUUGUUGCCGCAGUGUGGUCUGUCUGCCAGGUGGAGGCGCCGCUGCACCCCUCUGUGUUACUGGUGGAUGUGUGCUGGAGGCUGGUGCUGGUGUGUUCGGUGUGGAUGGGCCUGGGAGGUUGUGUCCAUGCCUUGAAGAGCAGCCUGCGGCCAGGUCAGACCCAGGGGGAACGUGCACAAAGGAUGGAAGAGGAAGUCGUGUCUGAAAACAGGAAUAUCCAGUAUUCAUGGAAGCCUCAGCGGAGGAGCCCGGGCCCCGGCGUUCCUCUUGACCUCGCCUUGGCCGACAGCCUGCUGCUGUGUUUGCUUCAGGAGCCCCUCCGAGACCCCACUGUACCCAACAUAAAGACUCAGAUCUGCAGGCUGGAGUCAGUGUUUUACAAACUGGAAGAAGCAGAUAUUGGCUCAGAUGCGACACUGGAAGAGAUGGAUUAUAACUCUAAACUGACAGACAAAGUAAAGCUCAUCAGAAACUACCUGCAGAAGAGGAUGAGCUCACUGUGCAGACUCGUCCAGGUGCAGGGGGAUUUUGAGUCCAGCGUGAAGGACAUGUUGGAGGGCCUGGAUGGCCUCUGGGCUCAGCUGGAGGAGCUCCACACGGGGGUCACACUCUCCAAAGAGGGGAGUCAAGGCCACAGGGACCUGGCCUCGGCCCUGACAGAUGCAGAGACUUUGUUUGCAGUCCUGGGCCGCUACAGGAAAAGACUUCAGCGCUGCCAGAGUCAUCUGAAAGAAAGCACACAACUACUGCAGGAGUUGAUCUGGAGUCACACUCAUAUUCGCAACAGUGUGAGCAGCAGCAGUGAGUCUGUGUGGCCUGAGCUGCUGCUUCAGUCCAACAUUGAGCAGUUUGACAAGGUGCAGGAGAAUUUCCUCUCCAUGGAGCAGCAGACCUCUACCUUUCAGGCCCACCUGGAGGGACUUGGAAAGGGGCAUCAGGACGGGAAUGCAGGGCUCAUUGCUCAUUCAGGCUCAGUGUCUCCACAGACUUCCCUUCAUCUCCACGGUGGACGCACAAAUUUGUCACAAGAGCACCAGAGCUUGCCCUCUGCAUCGGAGAAAAACACAGACACAGAAAAAAACCCUCUUCUGUUACUGUGCGAGCGGUCAGCUCUGCAGUUCUCCUCCACUAUUAGUCGCCUGCGCAAAUCUGUUAGGAGGAAGUGAUUUCUUCUAGACUCUACUAAUGCAACAGAUUUUAUAAAUAGAAAGGCAUCAAUUACCAAAUUCAUUAUUUUCAAAUGUUGAUCAUUUGCUGGUUGUCUGAAAAUGUAUUAUUUAUUAUUCUCUGAUAAACUCAAUGCCUGUCUGUUUUUUUUUUUAUAAACUUUUUGUAUGUUGCUGUAGUUUGUGUUUUCAAGACUUUCCAUUAGAAGAAUAUUUCAAACACAAGGGGGCACACUUCCACCAGUCAUUGCAAGCGUGACAAGUCGCCGCAUUCAUUCAGACUAUCAAACCACAAACCUCAGUUUAGUCACCUCAGCUCUCUGUCUGCAAUGAGGCCUGGACCUUUUUCCUUUCAGUCGGCUUUAUAGGAGGAAAAAUGUUGGACAGUCUGCUCAAACACGUGGCCCAUAAAUAAGAUCAGAACACCGUGCG